AUGGAGUCUUUCGGCGGAUCCGGUGGUUCCCGCCCUCAAUCUCCUUCUGUUCCCUUAUUCUUCAUCCCUGAACGUCGAUUGAGCCUCGUUCUCGGCAUCCUCGCCGCAUCUCCGUCAUCUGUCCGUCGUCCGUUGAGGUACCGGGGGUGUGCAAUCGGUCUGUCUCGUCGUCGUCGUUUAUGGGGCUCCGGCCGUAGAGCCGUCGAGGAGCCGGAGACGAUAGAGAUGGCCCCAGGCGCCGGGCGACACGACGACGGGGAGUUUGACCACUCCCAGAACGAUGAGCUGCGUAUGUGUGGGAUGGCCGGAGAUGAUGAGGACGAUGAUGUCCGCGAGGACGCUGCCGUGCUCUUCGGCCAUUCUGCUGCUGAUCCCCUUCCCGUCGAUGACUCUGACCCCUAG